AGGCCCUGCGCACCCGACCGGCGCUCGCGCGCCACGCUGUUAGUUGCUUUACCUUUUCGCCCGGCAGUCGGACCCGCUACGCCCGCUGGGAGCGCAGUGGUGCCGUGUGUUCUGCACGAGCCCGGCGGGGCCGCAGGCUCCGCCCUGCUCCGCCGCGCCCCGCCCGGGCUUGGGUAAAGGCCGCGGCCGGGCCAUGCCGUGCCCCCAUCAGCUAGGGCAGGAGGGCGUAAGGAGCGGCUGGGCCGCCAGAGAGCGAAAUGUCAUCAGUGCAAUCACAACAGGAGCAGUUGUCCCAGUCAGAUCCAUCCCCGUCACCAAACUCAUGUAGUUCCUUUGAGCUAAUAGACAUGGAUGCUGGCAGCUUGUAUGAACCAGUUUCUCCCCAUUGGUUUUAUUGUAAGAUAAUAGAUUCUAAGGAGACAUGGAUUCCUUUCAACUCUGAGGAUUCACAGCAGCUAGAAGAGGCAUAUAGCUCUGGAAAAGAUUGUAAUGGGAGAGUUGUUCCUACUGAUGGGGGCAGAUAUGAUGUUCAUUUAGGGGAGAGGAUGCGGUAUGCUGUAUACUGGGAUGAACUAGCAUCGGAAGUGAGACGAUGUACAUGGUUUUACAAGGGGGACAAAGACAAUAAGUAUGUUCCCUACUCGGAGAGCUUCAGCCAAGUUUUAGAGGAAACUUACAUGCUUGCUGUAACUUUGGAUGAAUGGAAAAAGAAACUGGAAUCUCCCAACAGAGAAAUUAUUAUUUUACACAAUCCAAAGCUUAUGGUGCAUUACCAGCCAGUUGCAGGGUCUGAUGAAUGGGGUUCAACGCCCACAGAGCAAGGUCGACCAAGAACUGUGAAGAGAGGAGUUGAGAACAUCUCUGUUGACAUUCAUUGUGGAGAACCUUUACAAAUAGAUCACUUGGUUUUUGUAGUACAUGGAAUUGGACCAGCUUGUGAUCUCCGCUUCCGAAGCAUUGUACAGUGUGUUAAUGAUUUUCGCAGUGUUUCCUUGAACUUGCUACAGACACAUUUUAAGAAAGCCCAAGAAAAUCAGCAGAUUGGGAGGGUAGAAUUUCUUCCAGUCAACUGGCACAGUCCUUUGCAUUCUACUGGUGUGGAUGUAGAUCUGCAGCGAAUAACCCUGCCCAGCAUUAACCGCCUCAGGCACUUCACCAAUGACACGAUUCUGGAUGUCUUCUUCUACAAUAGCCCCACCUACUGUCAGACUAUUGUGGACACAGUUGCUUCUGAAAUGAACCGAAUAUAUACACUUUUUCUGCAGAGGAACCCUGAUUUCAAAGGGGGUGUAUCCAUUGCUGGUCAUAGUUUAGGUUCGCUUAUAUUGUUUGAUAUCCUAACAAAUCAGAAAGAUUCUUUGGGGGAUAUUGACAGUGAAAAGGAUUCGCUAAAUAUUGUAAUGGAUCAAGGAGAUACACCAUCCAUAGAGGAAGAUUUGAAGAAACUUCAUCUCUCUGAAUUCUUUGAUAUCUUUAAGAAGGAGAAAGUAGAUAAGGAAGCUCUGGCUUUAUGUACAGACAGAGAUCUUCAGGAAAUGGGAAUUCCUUUAGGACCAAGGAAGAAGAUAUUAAACUAUUUCAGCACCAGAAAAAACUCAGUGGGUAUUAAUAGACCAGCCCCACAGUCUGCUUCAGGGGCAAACAUCGGCAAAGAAUCUGAGUUCUGCAGUAGGAGUAGUACUAGAAAUGAUGACUAUCUGGAUGUUGGCAUUGGGCAGGUGUCUGUGAAAUACCCUCGGCUCAUCUAUAAACCAGAAAUAUUCUUUGCCUUUGGAUCUCCCAUUGGAAUGUUCCUUACUGUCCGAGGACUAAAAAGGAUUGAUCCCAACUACAGAUUUCCAACAUGCAAAGGUUUCUUCAAUAUUUACCACCCUUUUGAUCCUGUGGCCUAUAGGAUUGAACCAAUGGUAGUCCCAGGAGUGGAAUUUGAUCCAAUGCUGAUCCCACAUCAUAAAGGCAGGAAGCGGAUGCACUUAGAACUGAGAGAGGGCUUGACCAGGAUGAGUAUGGACCUUAAGAACAACUUGCUAGGUUCGCUGCGGAUGGCCUGGAAGUCUUUUACCAGAGCUCCAUACCCUGCCUUACAAGCUUCAGAAACUGCAGAAGAAACUGAAGCAGAACCUGAAUCAACUUCAGAGAAGUCUAGUGAUGUUAACACAGAAGAGACCUCUGUGGUAGUUAAAGAAGAAGUCCUGCCUAUCAAUGUGGGGAUGCUAAAUGGAGGCCAACGCAUUGACUAUGUGCUACAGGAGAAGCCUAUUGAAAGUUUUAAUGAGUAUUUAUUUGCUUUACAAAGCCAUCUGUGCUACUGGGAGUCUGAAGAUACAGUAUUGCUGGUCCUCAAAGAGAUCUACCAAACCCAGGGUAUCUUCCUUGAUCAGCCUUUACAGUAAAAGUCACCCAUCUAUGGCUGCUUAAUUUGUGACUGCAGCUCUUCUCCCACUCUCUUCCCUAGAUGGACAUUGAGGGAUCCUUCCCCAGAAAAUCCACCUGUUUGUUGCUGCAAUUUUCCCCUCCUCAGCUGCGUCAUUUCCUGCAUGUUGCCUGCCACUUACUCACCACUGGGGUCUUUGGAAGAUAAUCUUCUUCUUUGGAAAUGAAUGGAAAAGCAAAAGGAAUACCCUGCUACUUUUAACCAUUGGCUUCAUAUAAACACUUGCCAUCUUUUCUUUAUAGCUGGGGGUGGUUUGUAUCUUUAAUUCUUUGAUGGUAGUUUAUUAGGUGCCACAGUUUAUUGAUUAGUUCUUGAUGUAAAGCCUAUUUUGGGUUUGAUUUGUUUUGAGUGAAGUAGACAUUUUUUAAAGGAAUCUAUUGCUUAUCUUUAGAAAAUGUUCUAGUUUGGAAACAGAUUCUUGAGAUUUAGAAGGCAUUUUAGAGUACUCUCAUCUCUUGUUUGUCUUGAACUGAAGGCUAAGUCUCAGUCGAUAUGGAAAAUGGCUUUUGAGUGAUUUAUUUUUGAACUAGCAUUUCUUUCCUAUGUGUACUGUAUGAAGGAGGACUAGGAUGUAGCUUUAAGGAAUUGUUUACUCUCAGAACUGACUGACACACUUAUUGCUAGAAAUUACUGAUGUUCAUUGUUUUUGCAAUUGUUUGAGCUGCUUUGAGUCUAAAGUUGACAAGUUCAUGUUAAGUGCAUCUUUAUAAAGCAAAGAUGUUAUAUAUUGUAGGCCUCCCUUUUAUAUUUGAUAGAAGUAAUUUGAUAAUAGCUUCUAUUGUUAUGUUGAGAGUAGUUAUAAAAGCUGAUGAACCUGAAAUUAUGUAGCCUUUACAGGCUGCUUAGGUUCUAAAUAAAUCUCUCAGUGUUGCCUUUAUGGUGAAACAAUUUGUCACCUGCCCUUUCUUUUUUUUUUUAUUUUUGAGACGGAGUUUUGUUCUUGUUGCCCAGGCUGGAGUGCAAUGGCGCGAUCUCGGCUCACUGCAACCUCCGCCUCCCAGGUUCAAGCGAUUCUUCUGCCUUAGCCUUCCGAGUAGCUGGGAUUACAGGCAUGCACCACCACGCCCAGCUAAUUUUUUGUAUUUUUAGUAGAGACGGGGUUUCUCCAUGUUGGUCAGGCUGAUCUCAACCUCAGGUUAUCCACCUGCCUUGGCCUCCCAAAGUGCUGGGAUUACAGGUGUGAGCCACCGCGUCUGGCCCUACUUGCCAUUUCUACUUGGGCAAAGGUGGUAUUGUGUAUCCUCUUUCCUUUUUGGGUAUCCAUAAUCCACAAAGCAUAUAUAAAAGGCUCUUGGCAAGGCCAGGUGUGGUGGCUCAUGUCUGUAAUCCCAGUACUUUGGGAGGCCGAGGUGGGUGGAUCACAACGUCAGGGGUUCGAGACCAGCCUGACCAACAGUGAAACCCCGUCUCUUUAAAAAUAAAUAAAUAAAUAAAUAAAAAUAAAAAUAAAAGGCUCUUGGCAUGGGCAGCAUUGGUUGAGCAGGUAGGUUUGGCUAGGGGGAAAUGUUUAACUUAUUCUGAAAGAAAAACUUAUGCCUGUAGGGUCCAAGAAAUAGCUAUUGCAGAGUCAGUGUCAGCUAAGUCUGGAACAUAGGAAGUGGGGUUUACUUCUAAGAACAUAAGUGACUGCACACUAAUUUUGUCAAGGCAUCUUUUCACUACUUUGCUGUAGAUUUUUCUUUUUCACUGGUCAGAGUUUGUCAUUGUCUUUGCAGUUAUCUUUAUGACAGUCCUUUAUACUUGCUCUCAGAUUCCACAGGCCUCUGUUUAUAGAGUGGCAAAGGCAGGUCAGCUGUGGUUUAUUGUUUAUAAAAUUUUUUGUAAAUGUUAUGGUAUCUGAAGCCACUGCAUUUAAUAUUUAUUGAAGCCAUUCCUUAGACAGCAGUGGUCUUUAUUCCUUUUCUGGAGAAAAAUGGAAAAUGAAGGGUAAUUACUAUUGCUGUGGAGAUUGUAGAGGUAAGGUUGGGGUGUAUGUCAGGCCUUUCCUUAUCAUGUGCUUAUGGCCUAAUACUAAGUAGGCCACUAAGUUUCGGAUUUAUGGAAUACUUUAUUUUUUAAAAAGUAUAUAAACUCUGAGUUAUUGAGAAUUAAGAAGCAUUCACUGUAUAUUAAGGGGAAGCUUUUGCCAAGUUGCAGUCUUCAAAUUUAUGUUUUCUCUUCCUAUUGGCAGAAUAGGUGCUAUUUAAGAGUAAACCAAAGGACAAGCAAGAGUGAGUCCCUGUAACCAAAGAUGGAAAACAUAGCCCUGGAUAGCCAGAUAAACCACUCUUUGUAUUAAGAAAUGUUUCUUUCCUAGUGGUGAGAGGGUGGGUAACUGUGAAAGAGCUUUAUAUCUUGUCUAUUCAUGGUAUUAUAUCUGUAUAUUCCCAGGAUAAUAAGCUUGAUUGAAAUCCUGUAUUUAGUCAUAUAUUAUUUGCACUGCUUUCCUUUGUAUCAUGUGCAAUCUGUAGACCAAGCCUAUUUUUAAACUCUGGUACAGCAUCAUUUUGUACAUAUUCCCAGCUGCAGAAUUAGUAUCACUUAUCUCAGCAAAAGAGAUUGUUUGCAUGGAAAGAUUAAUAGCACUGAUUAGAUUUUUAAUAUUUUUCACUUUUGAAAUGUUUGUUUUUUUAUGUGAUUAUAUUUAAAACUUUAGUAAAUACCGAAAUCAAACCAUA